AUGGGAGGAGUUGCUGCCCUGUCUCGCCCGCCUUCACGAGUCGACAACUCCAUGAUGGACCUCUCCUGCGAGCAUGCGACUGCCUCGGCAAGCAACGUCAAAUCCCUCAAAGAGCAAGAAGAAUUGAACGACCCAGACCUCCAACGCGCAAUGGCUGAGUCACUGGGACAGGGCCUGUCAGCACAGGAAGACGGGGUGACAACGGCUGGGACGAACUUCGGGCCUGCCAACCGGGAAUACUACGACCCUAGCAGCUGGGCUUUGACCACAUAUUCGACUUCGCGGGAGAUCAUUGAACAUCCACCACCAUCGAAGCGGCGAAGGAUAGGCGGGGCACCCGCUUUCCUACGUGGCUCAAAAGAGACAGGCUAUUUGGGAUCCUUGCUCACUAUCUACCACAAUAUUCCUCUGGCACGCCAAGCGCUCCUCAUGCCAGCGCUCAAAGUUCACGCCUAUGCCCAUGACAAUAGCUGGUGGUCAGGCGCCACCGACGAGAACACCAAGGCCUUGUCGACCGACAAUUCUCUCCGCAUUGACCGGCAGGAUUGCAAUCUGCUUAGCGAAGUUCAGUGCUUGAUGGCUUUCCUUGACAGAACCACUCGCGCCUAUGGUAGUGUCGAUGCUUUGGCUGAUUUACAAGCUAUCCGCAGUCGAAACGAUGCCACCCCGUUCCACCGUUUCCUCGAAGCUUGGACGACUGCAGCUUCGAAACAAGCUCCCCAAGAACAGCUGACGCAAGUCUUCAGCUCCGUGGCCACGAAAGCGGGAGGUCCCGGUGACCCCGAGGUGGUGGAGAAAACCCUCAACUGCAUCGACCCCUUCAUCAACCACUUCCCCGGAGAGACGUUGACUGAUUUGCUCGACAACACGAUCUGGGAUGACGAACAUGGAAAUAUAGACGAUGUUUGGAUCAGCCAUUGCGCAGAGAUUUUCACUAUCCGAGUGCAUGACCCUAACAGCACGUCUCGAAGCUCAGACCUGCAAUUGGAUCCGAUAUGGUAUCCCGAUCGGUACAUGUAUGAGUGCCGGGAGCAGAUGCAGCAGAUACGCACAGAGCUCCAGUCUAUUCGUCGAGAGAUUGACCAAUACACUCACGUCCAACGGCGCUGCCAGAUCUACAAAUCGUCGGAUAACAGGCUUCUCGAUGUUGCCGAGGUGCUCAAUUCUGCGGUCAAAGCCUCGACCACGGUGUUGGGCAAAAAGUCCGUCUCGAAUGGCUUUCUUAACAGUCAGGUAUCUGAAGCUGAAGACACAGUCACACAAGCCGACGCGGACGAGCUCGAUUCUGCCGUGCGAUCGGUGCUCCAAAAGAUUCGGCAGAAGUUGGACUCUCUCGAGCUACGCAAAAGUGAGCUUCGGUCCAGGAGCCGUCAAAUCACAAUGCGCCUCACAAAGCCCACAUUAGAGAUGCCAGACCUCCCGCAUCGCAAAUACACUCUUCAGGGCGUUGCGACCAAGCCUGGAGUUACCUAUUUCCGCGUACACAAUACCAAAACCGACUUGCUGAUUGACGAUGACAUGCUGGACCCGGACAGCGUACAAGGCGAUUGGUGGAGAACAGCAUGGUUACAAGAGGAUGCCCAACCGGCCAUCUAUAGUCCUCCAAUGGUGGGCCCUGUAACCAGAGCCCAGGCGGAGGCGAGCAAAAUGUCGGAGACCAACCUUUACUCUGUCACAAGGGUCGAGGAAGCCGAAGUGCUGGAAGCGGUGAAGAAAGAAUACAAUUCUGUGCUGCUGGUUUAUGCUAACGAAAACGCAAUGAACUUUCAACCUGGCGAAUUGAGUAUCUCCCUCCGACACUUUGUAGACCGCGAUAACCAGGCAUUUGCGGAAGAACUGCAACAAGAAGAAGGUCCACUGCUUGAUGCAGCUGCAGAUCAUGAAGCGGAGACGGAAUUCGAAGACAUCCCCUUGAUCGACCCGACAGCUUCCAGCGGCUCGGUGCGUGAGCUCACCCCUAUGUCAACUUCCAGUCCCGAGCGCGAGGAGGCUGCCCACGCUUCACCCGGAGGCGUAACAGAAGACAGUUCGGGCCACUCGCUGGAACAGCCACCUUCAUACGAGGAAAGCAUCAGCAAGCAGGAAAUGCUGGAGAAAAAGGGCAACAAGAUUGGCUUAUACGCCGAGCAGAUGCUGCAGAGAUACGGGUCGGAUGCCGUUAGGGGUAAGGGAGAAAAUGAAUCUGGUGGUGGCUUUCUGGAAGUUGAAGAUGCGAAUGCGGUGUAG